AUAACUCAACCAUUCAGUUCACAUCAGACGCUCACCAUGAUUGGAAUUCUUCGCUACGUCAAGUCCUACCUUGUUGGAAAGUACCAAUCCUUCCGUGACAGUGAAAACUCCUUUGUAGUCAUGAUGUUUUGCAAUCGCUUGGUCGGCAUCUUUGAUAAUCCUAACAGUGAGUUAAACCGGCUUCACCCAGUCAAGAACGUCCUAAUUACGCUCGCAAUAGUCUACACACUACUCGAAACGGGUUCCAUCAUUUUCUUCAAGCCGUUCAACACGAAUCAACACUUCGAAAUUCUAUUUAUGACGUUUAGUCGGCAGCUUUGCGUCAUCUUAUGGACCUCGCUAGCGGUCUACCGUGGUGAUUUGAAGCAGAUCUGGAUCUACCUGUUUGAUCUCCAGUGCAAUACCCCAGAUGAACGCCGAAGCAAACCAAUCCGCACCAUCAAUCGAUUCAUGCUCACCUUUCUAAUGCUGAACCUAUUUCCAACGGUGGUAUGGUCCUUGAACGGCCGAUCCGGAUCCCCGAUAGAUCUCUUCAAAAACGAUCUGAUCGACAUGUUCAACGCCAUUCUGAAUCCUAUCGCUGUAUUCGUGCUGACAUUCAUGUUCCAUUACUCCAUGAUCGUCGUCUGUUCGAUUCUUCCGGCACUGACCCUGGAAUUCCGACUGCUCGGCUUAGAUUUUGAGCGCAUCUUUGAAGACGUUGGAUCGCUCGAGGAAACAGUACGUAGUGCUGCUAAGCAUUGGGACAAACUUGAACAGGCAUUCGUUAGCUGCGUCGAACGUCAUCAAACGUUGCUCAACACUGCAGCCACAUUCCGUCAGCAACUGAAGACCUACUUCCUGAUUCAGCUGGGAAUAGACUUCAUCGCCAUCGUUCUCAGUACAUUGAUGUAUGCUUUCACUCGACAACAAGUGGACUCGAGCUUUGUGUUCACCGUUUUUGCAGCGAUUACCAACUUGUUCAACCUUUUGUUGUUCGGGUUCCUGUGCGAUCAAAUGGAAGAGCAGGUUGCUGCCAUCAACUACCAUCUGUACUGCUCCGGUUGGACGGACAAGCUGAUCUACUCGAGAACGUUCGGAUGGCGGUACAUUAAGCUCCGCAAGAUGAUACUGAUCGUGAUGGAGCGCACACAGAAGAAGGUCGGCUUUACCUGCGGGAGUAUGUUCGGGAUGUCGUUGGUCAUCUGCCGGAAGGUGGUGUGGUUCGCCUACUCGGUGCUGACCGUGCUGAUUGGUUUCCUGCAGUAAAUUGAUGUACAGUAUUUCAAGUUUUCGUAGAAUCCGUACAGUUCUGAAUUGAUAUGAGUGUUGAUAUCGAGGUCGACGGUUCUGUUCAAGAGCAGUUCCAAGGCCAAAUAGUGAAAAAAUAAACAAAUUUCAGAUUUUACCUCACAUAAUUUUAUGAAACUUCGCAUAAUUGUUCGCUAGGGUCCAAGUUUGUGAUG